CAUCACUGAUGACCUCUACUCCCGCAGUCCCGGUUUAAUUCUGAUUUGUGAUUAUUCUGUGAGUCAUGGCUUUCAGCGCUACCCGACCUCAGUCGUCAAUCAGAGUUAUGGCUGAGAAGUCUAAGCUGGUGAAAGUGGGAGUUGUGGGGUACGGCCAUUUAGGGCAGUACCUGGUGGAGAGGAUUCAGAGGGAGGGGGCAGCCGCAGGUCUGAGUUUGGCGUUUGUGUGGAACAGAAACACGGAGAGACUGAGGGGAUCCGUUCCACAGGAACUCAUCCUGGAACAGCUCAGCCAGUUCACUGAGAGGGUCGUGGACGUGAUCGUGGAAGUGUGUCACCCCCGUAUCGUCGAGGAGUUUGGGGCGCAGUUCCUGUCCAGGGCUCACUUCCUGGUCGGCUCUCCCACUGCCCUCGCCGAUCCCCAGGUGGACGCGGAGCUGCGUCGGGCCGCGGCGCGCCACGGGAAGACGCUCUACGUGCCCAGCGGUGCAUUGUGGGGCGGACAGGACAUCCAGAGGCUGAACAAUAGCGGGGCACUAAAAGCUCUCUCCAUCCGCAUGUCCAAACACCCCUCCUGCUUCAGGCUGUCGGGGGACCUGCUCUCUGAUUGGACGGAAGGGGAGGGAAGGCGGGUGCUGUUCAAAGGCUCGGUGGCUGACCUUUGCCCCCUGGCCCCCAACAACGUCAACACCAUGGCCGCCGCCGCCAUCGCGGCCGACUCGCUGGGCUUCGCCGGGGUGACGGGGGAGAUCGUAUCUGACACAAAGCUGAGCGAGUUUCACGUGGUGGAGGUGGAGGUGACCGGGGCCGACGGCUUCUCCGUGACGACGGUGCGGCGCAACCCCGCCCGGGCGGGGGCGGUGACCGGGAACGCCACCCGCGGCUCGUUCUGGAGCAGCCUCCUGUGUUGCGAAGGACACGGAGGCCGGGUUUACUUGUGCUGAAGAACGAUCCGGGCCCCGCUGAGGUUAAACAUUGCUGACAAGACACUGCCCGGGCUGCUCCUGAAAUCGGUCCGCGAAUAAAAAUUAACGAGCAUCUGAGUGUCGGACUACACUGGACUACAACCCCCACAGUGCAGCAGUAUCCCCUUGUUACAUCACAGACCUGGCCUUCCCUCAUGCAGUGGUAUGUGGUGAAAGGUAUACGACAUGAAUGUGCACAAAUUAAAAUUUACCACAUGGUGUUUUAAUUAAACUACAGUUUAUAUCUG